AUGAAUACUUUUCGCACCACGGGACCAACUACACCUUCCCUGUCGACGACCGACACCGUCUUCUCGCACCCAAAGUAUCCGUCGAAUCCCGCCUGGCAGGAAGGGGAGAGGGUAACGAAGCUUCGGGUGACGCCGAGACCCUACCAGAAACCGCACCCGCCGCUGUGGAUGACCGUCUCCACAGAUCGAUCCGUAACAACUGCGGCCGAGCUUGGUCUGAAAGCGUGCUACUGGCAGCCGCCCUGCUCUCAGGAUCAGGCAGCGAAUGGAACUCUACGCACAGGUCAGGAGCGAGCUGGAGGGAGACCGUUCGCUGUGGGAGAAGACCAGGCGGUCAUGCGCUCCACGUAUGUCGCCUCUUCGAUGGAGGAGGCGCGCCGGGAUGCGGAAGAAGGCAUCAUGUCCGCAUUCAUCUUCAACGAUCCCUUUCGCGGCAGGCAGGUCUUCACCAAUCCGGGCGAGGUCCUGGACCCUGACGUGAAGCUGGACUGGGACUUCCUGGAGCCACGCACCCUGCUUGUGGGUUCCCCUGAGAAUGUGGUGGAGAGGGUCCAGGAGCUGCGGGAGGUGUGCCACCUGGACUAUCUGCUUGUUCGGAGUUCUAGCCACACCAUGAUGGGCGAUGCGACUGGCAGCGAAGAUCGCCAGGACGAAGGGUAA